AUGGAGCUGAACAGACAGGCGACAGACGACGCCCUCCCGACGCUCGAACGGGCAGACAGGAUGGUUGAGCGGCUUAUCGAACGGGCAGACAGGAUGGUUGAGCGGCUUACCCAGCGGUGGGCUGAUAUAGAAUUGAAGGAGGAGGAAGAGGUGGGUUUUGAACCGGUGGGGGAGGAUGUUGGUGUGGUUGCGGAAGAGGAGGAGCAGCGGUGGGUGUGUGUUGGUCGUUUCUUGACGACCAAGGUAGUGAAACUGGAAUAUAUGCGGCAGGUUAUGGCCUCAGUUUGGCAACCGGUGUGGGGUAUGCAGGUUACGGAGAUUCAACCGGUACUGUUUAUGUUUAUCUUCUAUGAUGAGACUGAUAUGCAGAGAGUUCUUGAUGAAGGUCCAUGGUCGUUUGAUAAUAGCACCCUCGUUUGUAGACAGGUGGAGGCAGAGGCGGUUCUUGAACAAGCUGCUAAUUUUAUUGGCUCGUUUGUUAAAGUCGAUGGUCGUUAUCCAUGGGCACCGUGGAAGACGUUUCACCGGGUCCGAGUCUCAAUUCCGGUGGACAAGCCGCUAAAGCGAAGAAUGAAGCUUUUUAAGCGGGAUAAAACAAGCUGUUGGGUGAAUUUUCGGUAUGAGCCUUUACAUAACUUUUGCUUUUAUUGUGGUUUACUGGGGCAUGGCUAUAAGUUUUGUAAGUUGGCGAGGAAAUCCGGAUUAACCGCAGACAAGUUCCCGUACACGGCAGACCUGAAGGUAGGGGGAGGUAGCCGGGGACCGAGGCAGGUGGGGGAGCCGUGGUUGAUACCUCUUGAGGAGAAGGGGAAGGGAGUGGUGGGAUGGGAUGAGAGGGGAAAGGGUACGUGA